AUCCAUAGCACAUUAGUCUCUCAUGAAGCGGUCGCGUGAGGUGGAUGAUGAACUCGAACACCCAACGAAGGUGCGGCGCGUGGCCAAAGUUGACAAGCUGUCAAAGUUGAGCGAUGAGCUCUUGGUGCGCAUUCUAUCGUUCUUGCCGGUGUCGUCACUCUUGACUUCCCAGAGGAUUUCGAAGAAGUACAGUCGCCUCGCAGUCGAUUCAGAGCUCUGGAAAGCAGCCUACUACCGAACGUUCGUCCUCCCACGCGCAUCCCGCAUACCCGGCAUCAAGAACCCCGGCGCACACGACCGAUUGCACUACUCCUCACGAUUGUCGAGAUGGCUGGACGACGGCGCAUUGGUCAAAGAGGGUGCGAAGACGAAGUGGAAGCAGCAGUACCGCUUGCGCCACAACUGGUCGCAGGGGAAAUGCGCGGUCAGUGAGAUAGUAGUCUCUGAGCGGCCUCCGGAGCCACCGUUGCUGGUCAUGCUGUCGAACAGUACGGUAUUUGCAGCAGAUUCAAUGAAUGGGCUGAGAGCAUGGAGUGUGAGGGAUGAGCGCGAGCUACUAGCAUCGACCCCACUCAGUUUGGCUGCGACAGAUACCCUACAAUUGCCUGUGUCGAUGGCUAUCGAUUCUAAUGAUGGAGAAGAAGCGUGCGAAAGAAUCGUUCUGGGCUUCGACGACGGAUCGUUUUCCAUAUACGCAUUACGCCGGGACCAGAAGAGGUUCGACACACUGUUUACGCACCCAUCUUCGUCAAAUGGGAUGCUUUCUGCAUUGGCAAUGUCCUCGCCAUAUCUUCUCACUAUGACAGAGGACCACCUUUUGUCGCUAUAUGUCUUUGCCGAGCCAGAGGACAAUGAAAGUCGACUGGACCCUCCAAGACUGCUGUAUUCGCUACGGUCACAUACGGCAUGGCCACCCGUGUCUCUAUCCUUACGCACCACAGCAACAAGCAUGACGGCAGCGAUCGCGUACUCGCUACCGACAUACCUCUCUGGAUGGACAGUCGGGGUCCAAGAGCUAAACCUCUCGCACAAGGGCGAGCUGCUCAGGUCACGACUAGCCACCGCAGCCGAUGAGCACUCCUUCACACUCUCCGCUUACCGAUCCACCUCGUCUUCAUCCACUCGAUCAUCCUCGCCAUUACCCGGCACACCACGUGAGCCUCCAUUAACAAUCACGCCGAGCAAUUCCAAGCCAACAUCAAUGUCAUACUCCCAUCCUUACCUCCUCGUCGCGCACCCAGACAACACACUCUCCCUCUACCUCGUCAAAUCAACUUCCUCCACACUCUACAUAAGCUCCGGCAACCGUCUCUGGGGCCACACGUCCUCCAUCUCCGGCGCGCACGUCGGCACGCGCGGUAAAGCCGUUUCUAUCAGCAGACUCGGCGACGAAUUGCGGGUUUGGGAUCUAGAAGGUGGAUCAGCCUCACUCGCAAAUCGGCGGCGGUUCAGGAACGGCGAGCUGAGCGUUAGAGUGCAGCCGUCUAGAGCUGCAGACGAGUCACAGGACCGUCAAGAUGAGGACAGUGGGCGGAACUUUGGACUAAAGCUCGCGCUGGAUCAAGCCUUUGAUGAUUCGAGCGUGAGUCAAGGCUGGGUGGGAUUCGAUGAGCAGAAUGUGAUUGUGUUGAGGGAGAAGAGGGAAGGGAGUCAGGCGUUGGUCGUGUAUGACUUUACAUAGAAGUGAUAAUGAUACUAUGUUAC